AUGGCGGACACGGAGCAGAACCUCAGCCUGGCCGACGCACUGACCGAGCCCCCGCCGCAAAUCGAGGAGGAGGUGAAGCGGGAUUUCAUGGCCAGCCUGGAGGCCGAGAAGUUUGACGACGUGAUCGGGGAGAAGGUGGGCAAGACGGAUUACGUCCCGCUCCUGGACGAUGAGGACGGCGACGGCGGCGGUCCGAAGGCCGAGAACCAGGAGGCGAAAGCCAAACCGCGGGCCGAGAACCUUCCUCGGGAGC